CUCAAUUCGAUCGAGUGUGACAUUACUAGUAUUACAAUCUACUCUCUCGUUGAGAAAUGCCAUGGAUCUAUCCAUGGAAAUCCACGUACAGCCAAUAGUAGUUUUGUGCUGGCAUAGCUCUCUAAAGUCUACUUUGCGCAUGCAAUAUCGUGCAUUGUCCCUGGUCGACUCGCAUGAUUAAUCGCACUGAAAUUGUAUUAUUUUGCUUGUAUAUGAUCGACGUUUGUUUCGUGUGUGAUAAACCAGCCAAGUAUUUCUUAUAUCAUACUGCAUUAUCAAGUCCAAAGCAAAUGACCUCUAUGGAAACCCAGUCGUCAACGGAUUUGUUAGAAGCAGAGGGACGGAGUAGAAUGAGCCUUAGAUGGAAAUAGCACACAGCAAGAAUACAGUGUGUGAAAGUUUUCUUACGGAAUUUUCCAAGUGACCACAUCAACUGUGAAUAAUGGGAGGUCCUGCUGAAAAUGUGAGGAGAGAACGCACGCGCCUUUGGUUUCUUGCUCGAUGGGGUUGGGUUGUGACUGCAGCUGGAUUCAUCGUCAACCUUGUCACCUAUAACAUGCUUUACUGCUAUGGAAUCCUCCUUGUGACUUUCCAACAGGAAUUUAGUACCAAUACCGUAACAGCAGGUUGGGUGGGCUCCGUAGCCAUUGGGAUAUCAUGUCUGUCCUCACCCAUCGCGAAUCCUCUCAUCGAGCUAUUUGGCAACCGAGUGGUCAUCGUCAUCGGUAUCAUCCUUUGUUUCAGCUCCGUGAUCUUGACCUCAUUCAUGCCUGUCCUCGAAGCCAUGUAUUUCACAUUCAGUAUCCUAUACGGAUUGGGAGCGGGAUUUCAGCUCAUGAGUAGCACUAACCUAGCUCUUCAGUACUUUCCUGCCCUCAACUCUACCCGUUCCGUCUCUAUCAUCAUGUCCGGUGCCAAUAUUGGCAUGUUGUGUACGGGACCCUUCCUACUUUACCUGGUAAAUAACGUUGGUUGGCGAAACAGUCUCCGUGUUAUGGGCGCCAUCAUUCUUGGUAUUGGGCUACCGAUGACCUACGUUUACGAUCAACCAAGGAACAUUCUGCAGAAUAUCAACAUCCCCGAAGGCAUAAUGGAGGAGUCAGUUCAGGAGUCAGCUCCAGCAGAGGAAGUACAGUGUCUUCCACCAAACGAAGAAGCCAUCGAGCAGAAAACGUGCACUUCUGAGAUGAACUCGAGGGAAGAAUGCGAACCUCUAAAAUGCAAAGAUACAGAUUGCCAUGGAAAUGAGAAGUCAACAUUAGAUGAUGGAAAAAGAAAGGGUCGAAAGAGAAACUUAUUCUGGCGUAUUCUGGUGGUCUUGACCUUCCCAGAUCUUUGGUUGUUCUGUAUAGCAUGUUUUGGUUAUGGCGCUUGUUCUUCUUUCGUGUAUGUACAUGUGGUUCCAUACUUCUUGUCCGUGGGAUUCACGGAGGAGAAAGGUGCACAAGCGAUCAUGGCUAUGGGGAUAUCCACACUCCUUGGAAAGUUCGUAUUGUCCUAUUUUGGUGACCGGGUCCCGUUUCCAAAAAUCUUCAUUUUCUUGGUCGCCACUGGAGUUGGAAUCUCGCUUUCGAUCUACCUUCUAUUCAUCUCAAGUGAGAUCGAAAUAUUCAUCAUAAUCACACUAAUGGGGCUGUUGGUGAACGGUAUUUGCGACACAUUGCCUUACUCAGUCUGUAACCAGAUCUUUGGAGUUGAGAGGGGUAUGGAGACUUGGACUCUUGUCACCUGUUUCCAUGGGGUUGGGUAUCUGAUAUCAUCCGUGUUUGGAAAGAGUGUCGAUCAGACAGGGUCAUACAACGGUGCUAUUUGGGCAACAAUCAUCAUCUAUGCUGUCUCAGGUCUUCUCUGUGUGAUGGUUCCAGUUUAUCAGAGACUGUUUGCUCGGGACAGGUUUGUCAUGGCCGACUCCUUUCAGAGGUGCUGCUCCAUAAAAUGCGGCCAGGCAGAGGAGCAGAUUAAAGAAAGGAACAGUGACAAAUUUGAGGAUGUUUCAGUAAUAUAGUUGACUUGCCAAGGGAAUGAACAUUUUGUCGUUUCUUAUUUGCUCCGGUUAUUUGCUUGCAUUGUUACCCCAUGAGGCCACUGAUCUGGAUACGAUAGUAUUCAGAUCAGUGCAUGAGGCGUGCCUAAGAACAAAUUUAUUAACAGACGGAGAGGGCGCCUUUCAUGCUUAUGGAGGGGAGCUUGAGGAGAAAUGUUGGAAAACAAUAAAAAAAAAUAUUAAAGACAUGCACGUAAUAACCGAUUGUGAAGGUGAUGGGACGACUCACUUGAGGCAGUCAAAAUAACAUAUUUACACCGUCUGCCGAGUGAUGGUCCUGAUUUCAAUGCCCGAAAAAUAGUGAUGAUUUUUUUUUUAUUGGUCUGAGGCGCAAAUUGAUAUUAGGCUCGAAUUCACAAAUGUGUUUUUUUUAAAACCUUCGGUAUAACCCAUGGUUUAUGCAGAUAUCCAGUAUAAAUUACGCUUGACAAUGUUAAAUGCCCAAAUGCUGAUGCGCGCUUUUGUCAGAUUGCGUCAAAUUGAUGCCUCUUUCCAAGGUUAUCUACGAUAUGUUAUUGAGUCCACUGUUUAAAGAGUGGAUUUAUUCAAAAUAUUUCAGUUACAUGUCCAUUCAUUUUUUGUUCGCAUGCUUACUGCUCGAGUAUAAUAAGAGGGCAUUUAUUCACGUGUAUUCGGGAACAUGGUAAAUAUUAUUAAAUGCAAGGUAUCUUAGAGAAAUUACAGAGUGCAACAUACUUUCUCUUACAGUAUAGAGUGCAUAGGCGGAUCCAGGGGGCCCUAUUGGCGGAGCAAAAAAAGGAAA